AUGAAGCCAGAGAAGAUCAGGUCCAAGAUUCUGGAGAUUAUGAGAGAUCCAAACCUCAGCGACGCGGAAAGGAGCCGGCAGCGGCAGCAAUUGAUGAGUGGACAGUGGAGCACAGCUCGCCAAAAGGAGCACCCCGAAGGGCGGCCGCAGGGUGAGGUCACCCCGAAAGACUCGGAUUACGUUCUUGCCAACCACGCUGACCAAGUCCUGGCAGCCGCCAUUCGCUUGGCACGUGUUGGUCAAGAACGAGCCCCACUUUCCCAUGACUUCAAACGCGUCAACAAUGAGGAUCGUCCUGAUGAGGCCUUCACAACAGAAAGGGCAAAACGAACAGGGAGGGCCAACGCCGCCAGUGGUCGAAUCAUGGUCAAUGUCCCCAACGACCACUUUGGGCCCAUCCUACCAGAGCAUGAUCCCAGGGGCCGGGGUGUUUUGGUGGGUGAUUGGUGGAAGGACCGUCUUGACUGUCGGCAGUGGGGUGCCCAUCUACCUCACGUUGCUGGAAUUGCAGGACAAUCUUCAGUUGGGGCGCAAUCGGUGGUGCUUUCAGGUGGCUACGAAGAUGAUCGUGAUGAGGGUGAAUGGUUUCUUUACACGGGGUCCGGUGGAAGAGAUCUGAGUGGAAACAAGCGAACCAACAAGGUUCAGUCCUUCGACCAACAAUUUGAAAAUUCGAAUCUGGCCUUGAAGUUGUCUUGUACCAAGGGCUUGCCUGUGCGAGUGGUUCGUUCCUGCAAGGUGGGUGGCAGCUGA